AGGACUCCCCACCCCCUCUCCGCUUCCUCGCCCCGACUCCCACCUGUCGUCCCAAUCUCUCACCCCUACGCCGGGGACCCCCUUCUCUCGCCGCCCCGCCGCCCCGCGAGUUCCUUCGCCGCUUUCGCUGCCGCCCCGCCGGUCGUCUAACGCCGCCUCGUCACCGUCGCGAACCUCCACCCCUGCUCCGUCUCCGACCUCCACGCCUGCUCCGUCCCCGACAUCGACACCGUAUCCCGCCUCACCCAUCUGCCACCUCAACCGCCGGGAGCGCCUCCCUUGCCGUCCUCCACUGCCCCUCCGCUACCUCAUCCGCCAAUAGCGAGAAGGACCUGUUCGUUGGGUACUGCCAUCGAUGGAGAGCAGUGAACCACUCCAGGAUAUAAUGUGUGAGUUCCGUGCUGGUAAGAUGUCUCUUGAGGGAACACGGGUGGUCCCAGACACACGCAAGGGGCUUGUUCGUAUUGGAAAGGGUGAAGAAGGCUUGAUUCAUUUUCAGUGGCUUGACCGUGGACAAAACAUAGUUGAAGAUGAUCAAAUUGUCUUCCCUGAUGAGGCUGUCUUUGAGAAGGUAACAGAAUCUUCUGGAAGGGUGUACAUCUUGAAGUUCAGGCAUGAUAGCAGGAAAUUCUUCCUAUGGAUGCAGGAGACAAAUGCUGAUGGGGACUCGCAAAUAUGCCGCCAAGUUAAUGCCUACAUAAAUCGGCCCUUGGAUGGCGAUGCAAUUUCUAUUGAGGCAGAAAUGUCACACGAGGAUACAGCUGAUGAUGACAUCUCUUCCAGAGCUGGGAAUUUAGUUGAUCAGAGCAUGACCGCUGAUAUGGCUGGUGAAGUGACUUCUGCCGCUGGACCUGUACGACUGGCUGACCUUCAGAGAAUAUUGAGUUCUAUACAACCAUCUGAUGCUACGGCAGAUCCUGAUGCUGGAUUGAGACUAGGAGACAUCUUGAAGCCCGAUUUGAUAUUGCCACUAAUUGAAACUUUGCCCAUCGAACAGUUGGCAUCACAUCUUCCAGAGGGUUCUUGGACUGCCGGUGAUAUUCUUGAGCUGCUGCAAAGUCCUCCUUUGCGACAGCAACUGGAUGCUUUUACUCAUGUGCUGCAGACUGGCCAAAUAGAUCUUGCUCAAUUUGGAGUGGACCCUAGCAAGUAUAAGUUCACAGUUGCCUCAUUCCUGGAGGCAUUGGAAGACUCCGUGGCAAAAGCUUCUACAGAUGGAGGCAAUGAUUCAAAGGCCAAGAAAGAUGGUGGAAAUGAUCCCAUGGACGAGGGUUGAUUGCACAGCGCACCUAGGGGUGUAGCCUUUAUCUGAGUUGCUCAUGCCGUCAUGCGCGGUGGAACUUGUCAUGUUAGCAAAUCUGAUGGCACACAAAGCAAAGGACGUUUUAUUUUGUCACCCCCUCAAAAUCUAGAUGCUAUUUUGCUGUGAAUUUUUAGAUACUAUCAGUCGCUUCCAUAUGUCCCAGUUGAUUCCAUGUCGUGACUCGAGUAUUCUGAUGAAAAAUGCUUCCAUAGGUUCCAGUUGGUACAAUUGCGUGACAUGGAUAUAUUUUGAAAAUUGCUUCUGAAGUUCUAGCUGGCGCUGUUGCGUGACAUGAAUAUAUAUUCGUAUCAUUUAUAUUC